AAAUCAAUGUAGAAGAAGACAAAGAUCAUAUUCGAAAGAUGGCGGUGACCAAGGAACAAGAUGGGCGACCAGGGAAGCCGCCAGGAAAGGAAUCUCAACGUUUGAUUAUAGCCAAAACUCCCGUAGAGGAGCAGCGCCUGAAGUUGGAGAGAUUGAUGAGAAACCCUGAUAAACCUGCUCCUAUCCCAGACCGACCGAAAGAAUGGAACCCCCGGGCUCCUCCGGAGUUUGUGCGGGAUGUGAUGGGCUCCAGUGCAGGAGCUGGCAGUGGAGAGUUCCAUGUGUACAGACACCUUCGCAGGCGAGAGUAUCAGAGACAGGACUUCCUGGACAAGAUGACUGAGAAGCAAAAGAUGGAUUUGGUCUAUCUUGACAAGGUCUCAGAUAACCAACAGGCAGCUGAUGAAAGAACAGCCAAACGCAGGAAGAAAAGGGAAAAGCUGAAGCAGAAGAAGCUUAUGGCAAAAAAAGCCAAGCAGGAUGCCAACGAAGGUGAAGAUUCUGAGAAGUCCUCCUCCAGCAGUGAAGAGGACGACCAGGAGAGAGAGGCUGAGGAUGAUGCGGAGGCGCCCAGCUUCGUCAUGGGGAAGAGGUGAAUGCAUGGCACCUGGUCAUGAGACAUGUUCCAAGAAGAAAUUGAACGGGGGGCCAACAUCUAAUACCUGUACAGUCAACACAGCCGAGCAACACAGCCCAGCUUUGAUCAAUGUCAUGGAUUCAGACAUUGUCUGAGAGAGAACUAAGGGAGAUGAGCCUCUGUUGGGUAACUGAUAUUCUUCCCAACUUGUGGUUGUAGUUAGAUUCUGUGAAUUGAGGUUGACAAAGCUGGGUUGUAACCAAAUGGAAGAAAACGGGCUGAAACAGGGAGGGACUACCUGAACUUGAAAUAAGACGUGCUCAUUUUCGUUUUCCGUUGCAAAAAGCUUUUGCUACUGUGUUCCCUGAUGAAUAUGAUGAUCAAGGUGUUAAUUUCAUGCAUGUCUCUACUUUGAAACAGUUUCCUGUUGUGUGGUAGCAUUAUUUCUCACAUUUUAUUUUAUACUAUGCUUGUGUAUAUAUUUUUCAUAAACAUCUGGGUAGAAUUGGGCCUAUAUUUGCUGUAUUUUUCCCCCUAUAGAAUCUUCUGGAAUGUAUCACUAAAUGAUAACCCAAUUUCACUAGCUAUACAAUUACUUUAGGUAGCACUUUCAAGCUAUUUCCACAAUGCUGAGCAGGACAUAAUACUCCUAUAGGGGUCGCUCUCCACUCAUUCCACCCUCCAUGUGAAAUGAAUUUGGAUGGCAUUGCAGAUGACUAUGUAAACAAGACCUGCCUAUAUCUAUGAUGCUAUCGUAUGUCUUGUUUACGGUCUCAUAUCAACACAUUUUGUUUGUAGUCUUUAAUGGAAUGAGUUUUUAACUAGUUUGCUGGUAUGGCAUACCUUUUGACCUUGACUUGCAAAUCGGCUACCGGCGGUUCCAUUGUACAACAAGAUUGGUGUAAUGCUUUGUUAUUUUCCUUUCUCAAAUAUGUGUAUUGUUGGUUGCCAAGGACUCCCACCCACAGUUACUCAGUUUUCACACCUGCCAGACAGGUUCGGUGGCUAUUGUCAAGGGUCUGAAGUUUUCUAAUCAGCAGUAAUGGUAUCCCAGGCAUUUUCAUCCUUGGCUAGUACACCUUACAAAGGAAGCCUAUUGAAUAAUGAGAGAUGACCAUUUUAAAAGUUGUAGUAAACCGUGGCCUCUGGGGAAAUAGCCAUAGGACUCAUUAUGUGUGUCUGGAUGAGUGUCAUCAAAGCAGAGGGUAAGUUUGAUCCUCUGCUUAAUUGGCUCCCCUUCUUCCAUGACAUACGGUGUUAAAGAUUACUGUACACUGUACCUUUUUGUAUUUAAUUUGGAAUCAGACAUUUGAGUAGAUAUAAUUGAGAUUAUAUACCAUUAUUUGUGUUUUUGUAACAUGUUUUGUAAUGUAUUACACAUUUUUCAAUGGUG